UGUCUUGAAGUGUGUUUGAGUGGAGCUGCUGGAUGGGACCAUGGGGCUCUCUCUGCUCCGUGUGCUCUCCUUAUUCUUGCUGAAUACACUCCUCUCCUGUGGACUCACUGAAGAUGCUGAGCUGACCUUUGAACCCAACUCAACCACUCUAUAUUCUGGGGAGCACGUUAAUCUCACGUGUCACAUUCGAGAAGCAAGUGUCAGUGAGUGGAGUUAUGAGUUCAAGUGGAACGACAAACCACUGGUCCCCAUCACUCCCAGUAACGUCCUCAGGAUUCCAGAGCUAACGCCCGACGGGAACGGGGAUUAUCAGUGCAUCGCUCACCACAACAGAUCAGAAGAGAGCAGACAGAGCAACAGGGCCACUCUCUUUGUGUCAGCACACAGACCCAGAGCCACAGUGAGAGCAUCCAGGACGUCCAUCCCAGUGGGCGGCUCUCUGACUCUGACCUGUUCUGUGGAGCAGUCUGCUGGUUGGAGCUACGACUGGUUCACACGUUCCCCAGACGCUGAGGAAACCGCCAUCGCAACAAAUCCUGUGCACAACUCUCUGAGCAUCUCACAGGGAGGCAGCUACUGGUGCAGGGGGAGAAGGACUCACUCAGAUUUCUUCUCAGAGAAGAGUCACGUGCAUCACAUCGACAGAACCUUGUCCAACAGAAGCUUUGUCGUGCUGCAACACAACUGGACUCAGAUAUUCAGCGGUGAGACGAUCUCUGUCAGGUGUGAGAUCCAGGGAGGAGGAGACACCCAGUGGGAAUAUGAAUGGAGGACAACAAGCUCCCACCAACCAGUCACUGGUCCAAACACAGCUCCCACACACAGUGAAUACAGGCUGGGCCCUGCCUCUGUUUUCCACAGUGGAGAGUACUGGUGUAAGGCCAGAGCGGACUGGUAUUCCUCAACAGAGUGGAGUGAGGCCUUCCAGCUGAGAGUAACACGUACGUCCAAUCAUCUUUCACAACCUCCACGAGGACGUUACGUCUUCACCUCUUUCUAUUGGUUGUUCUUAGCAGGACCAGUAAAAACUACUAAACCAAUUUCUGCCCAAUCCCCAGUUAGCAUCUGGGUGUGGACCUGA